AUGCCGGCUGCUGUGGCGUCGCCGACCGCCAGCAGGCCUGCGAGGCCUGCGAGGCCGCAGGCCCGGCUGCGGAGACCCCCGGGACUCACGCGGGCUUUCCUUGCCGAGGCGGUGGCUCUGGGGCUCCACCCUCUUGCCUUGCGCUCCUUCCUCCGCUCUUGCCAGCGCCGCCCAAGGCGGAGCUUCCGCAUCAACGGCUGCCGCUUCGAUCGCAGCGACGGCAAGGAGUUUCUAGGGCGCUUGCGCAGCGACGGCUUCCGGCCCAGCCCAGCGCCCUGGUGUGGCGAUGGCUUUCUCGUGGAGGACGGCGAGGACGGCGCCUCCCUCAGUUCCUUGCAGCUCUCCGGCGCCGUCUACCUCCAGGAGCUUGCUUCCAUGCUGCCGGUGCAGGUGCUUUGGUCUCAGCUGCCACAAACUGGCGACCUGCGCUGCCUGGACCUCUGUGCUGCACCGGGCUCCAAGGCGACGCAGCUUCUCACAUUGCUUCGCCUCCGAGGAAGCCUGAGCUCCCGUCUGCUGGUUGCGAACGAUUCCCAGCCGCAGCGCUCCGAUGUGCUUCGCUGCAACGUCGUUCGGUCAGGUGUGGCCGAGGACUGCCUCAUACUUCAGGAGUCUGGGCAAUGCCUCGGCGACCUCGCACCGGGCUGCUUCGAUGCCGUACUCCUGGAUGCUCCCUGCAGUGCCGAAGGCAAUCUCCGCAGGUAUCCGGAGGUGCUGGACCGCAUUCUGUCUGAGGGCUACCAGCAAUGUGUUCGUUCCAAUUCCGAAGUUCAGUGGGAGCUGCUGCAGAGUGCCUGGAAAUUACUUCGCCCCGGAGGUACCUUGGUAUACUCCACUUGCACUUUGAAUUCGCAGGAGAACGAGACACCGUGCCGCCGGCUGCUGCAGCACUAUCCCUCCGCAGAGGUUGUCGAUCUCAGGUGCAGCCUUGGAGUGGAUGCGACGGGAACAAAGGAUGGGUUUCUGCGAGUGUGGCCACACGCCUUUGACACGAUGGGCUUCUUCGUGGCCUGCUUCCGGCGACAGUGGGAACCAGGCAUGACAGGCAGCCCAAGCCUGUACGACCAAAAGCUGGCCGUGGACUGGCUCCGCCUGCAGGCCGAGGAGAUCCGCCGCAUGCGGGAAGGAGCUGAAUCUGCUGGCGUAACGUGGCCCAUAUCCGAUUCCUCCGAGCGCCUGAUCGUCAGCAAGGACGGAGCGGCCUUCCUGCUGCCUCGGCUGGAGGGCCUCCCGCGACCCUUGCUCCUCCGCUGUCCUCGCCCUGGCCUCUGCGUGGGACCCGACCACGCAGAGCUGCGCCUCGCCACGGCGAAGCACCUGGACACCGAGGAAUGGGCAGAGCUGAACGCCUCACAGGGCGGAGGCCUCGGAGCGUUCGGGGCUUUGAUGGACCUCCGUGCCAGAAAAGGAGAUGUGAGAGGAGCAGAAGAAGUUCUUGUGCAGAUCAGGCAGCAGCGGAUGAAGCCGGACGUGAUUUCCUACAAUACACUUCUCAAGGCUUAUGCUGCUGUCAAAGACUGCGACGGCGCAGUGCGCAUCCUUGCAUCCAUGCGAAACGACGCUGUCCCGCCUGACAACGUCAGCUUUUCGACGGCCAUGCAGGCAUGCGUGGCGGCGGGAAGAAGCAAAGCAGCCGAAAAACUCUCAGCAGACCUGCGCAGCGCGCGGCUUCAACCAGAUCUGAUGACUUGCACUACUCUUAUUCGCUCUUACGCUGCUGACUCGCGGCGCACGGACGCAGAGGCACUUCUGCAGCAAAUGAAGCUUGAUGCCUUGCAGCCGGACGUGGCGUGCUACACAGCCUUGAUGGACCUGUAUGCCUCUGUGAGGGAUCGAGUGGCAGCAGAAGGGCUGCUCAACAACAUGUCCGUCGCCCCUAAUGUCAUCACCUACGGGGUGCUGCUGAAGCUUUAUGCAGCAGAGGCUGACGCUGAGCGCGCGGAGGACACGCUCCGCGCCAUGCGGCGAACAUCGCUUCAGCCGAACUUCUUGUGCUACACAGCCCUCUUGGGUGCCUAUGCAAAAAGAGGUGAUAUUCUCCGGGCGACUGGGGUGGCCGAAGAGCUGCAAUCAAUCCGUUUGCAACCGGAUGUCGUCACGCAAAGCUCGCUGAUACUUGCCCACACCCGUGCUGGCGACCUUCAGGGUGCUGAGGAAGUGCUGAAGGGCAUGAGUGCCUGGGGACUGCUGCCCAACGUGGUGUGCUUCGCGACCAUUUUGGAUGGCUACGCCCGGAGAGGCGAUGUGCCCCAGGCCGAGCGACUGCUCUCGGCCCUGCGCUCCCAAGGGCUCCGGCCCAACGUCGUCGUGGCCUCUGCCAUGGCCAAGUGCAGGGCCAACGCCGGCGACUUUGCAGGAGCCACUGAGGAGCUGCGCCGUUUCCGCUCGCUGGGCCUCGUGCCCAGCCAGCGCAGCUUCGCUCCGGUCCUGGCUGCCUGUGCCAGGGCGGGCGACGCCGAAGCAGCCGCGCGGCUGCGGGCUCUGGUAUCGGCGCAGGGUCUGCGGCUGGACCUGCCGUGCACUGAGCGCACACAGCCGCAUUUCUUCAUCCGGUUGAUAUAUGCUACGACGGAUGGUUCCAACAUUUUCACACCCGAGUACCUGAAGCGGAUUAAGCGCAUCGAAGACAGGCUCGAGACCUUGCCGGGCUACCGACGUUUCUGCCUCGCUGAUGGAAACGGCCGCUGUGUGCGGCCGCUGUCGGCGGUCAACUAUUUCUUCGCCAGCAUGGAUGCUAGCACAGGCACCAUCACGCCUGAUGGUCGAGGAGAACACCUUCUUCCCAUUCAGGCGAUCUUAGCGAAUCUUGGCACCAGCAACUCCUACUUCGUGGAUAGGUACUUCGGUGUCUCUUCGGGUCAGUUGAAAAGUGCUCUCGAGGGCAACGUUACUCGCAGCGUCCUCCGCUUCGGAUUGCCCCUAAGGCCUGGCCCGAACACGGCCCUGAAAAGUCUAGAAAGUGCCGGACUGAAAGUGCCUUUGCUUUCUUUCGCUUUCUCAGGGGCUUUCGGAACACGGAGGCCAGGCUUGCAGCACUUGACAAACCGCGGCUUCUGCACUUGA